AUGCUCUACUUAGAAUUGUUAGCCAUCUUUGCCCUGAUUCUAACCACCCUACAGACUCCAUUACCGUGGCCCAACCUUGAGCAAAGAGAACUCUCUAAUGGCCCCGUGAUACCCUCAAACUUUCCCGAUCCAGCGCUCAUCACCGUCGACGGCAUAUACUAUUCCUUCUCGACCAACAGUGGCGGCCUACACAUACCUACCGCUACGUCUCCAGAUUUCAAAAGCUGGACUGUGACCGGUACAGAUGCUCUGCCGAAAUUGCCAUCUUGGGCUACCGGUAACGUGUGGGCUCCAGACGUCGUUCAAGUUGCCGAUGGCACUUUUGUUCUCUAUUUUGCCGCCACAACCUCCCAAGAUCCAUCAAAACAUUGCGUUGGGACAGCUACCUCGUCCAAUGUAGAGGGACCGUACACGCCUAACGACAUAAUAUUCGCAUGUCCUCUCAAACAAGGAGGCGCAAUUGAUCCCGCUGGCUUCCUGGACACCGACGGCUCUCGUUAUGUUGCGUACAAACUCGAUGGUAACUCUCUAGGCGGUGGUGGUGGCUGCGGCAAUGGUAAUGGACAAUUCUCGACUGCCAUCAUGCUGCAGGCAGUUGAAGCAGAUGGUGUCACUCCCACAGGUAGCGCUGUACAGAUACUCGAACGAGGCGACUCCGAUGGACCUCUCAUUGAGGCGCCAAGCCUGGUGCGGAGCAGCGAAGGGACGUAUGUGCUGUUCUUUAGUAGCCAGUGUUUCAACGGGCCAAAUUACGAUGUCUCAUACGCUACCGCGGAUUUGGUUACAGGCCCAUACACCAAGACCCCAAGGCCUCUGCUGCUUAGUGGUGAUGACAAUGGUGCCUUGAACUCGCCUGGAGGGGCGACCGUCGCACAAAGCGGGACCCAGCUAGUCUUCCAUGCAGAUGCUAAGCCAAGCAAUGCUGGCGUUCGCCAAAUGUGGACCGCAGAGAUUGAGAUUAGGGGUGUUACUGCCAGCAUCGCUCCAGUACAAGUUGUCACCAUUGAUUGA